UCAGAGGAAGAUGAACCAGCAAAGAAGAAAAAUACUCUUCAGGGACGCGGCGAGGGCUCUGGCUUGUCUGCUUUGCUUCCUCAACCCAAAAACUUGACAGUGAAAGAGACCAAUCGGUUACUUUUGCCCUACGCUUUCUCGAGGAAAGCAGCAGAAAAUGCCCCUGAGUCAAAGCCAGCUAAGGCCCCAACCUCUUCCUCAAAGACAAAACCUCUGUCCAAGCCAGCAGUGGCCACAACUCCUUCCCCGUCUGCUAUCAAAGCUGCUGCGAAGAGCGCUGCCCUCCAGGUAACCAAGCAGAUCACGCAGGAAGAGGACGACAGCGAUGAAGAGGUAGAGCCAGAGAACUACUUCUCCUUGUCUGACAAGAGCGAGCCCAGCGUUGUCAGUGCUGAGACAUAUAUGUAUUCUGGCACAGUGGUGUCAGAGGACCCGCCGCCUGGGACCGAGCCAGAGCCUCAGUUCCAGGAUGCUGCUGCUAACGCCCCUCUGGAGUUCAAGACGGGUGCGGGUUCCAGUGGUGCUCAGCACAGCUGGGCACCCAAGUCUGGAGAAGACUAUGGCAGUCAGCCCUAUAACCAGUUCCCUGCUUACAGCGAUGCUAACGUGACUGGUGCAUAUUAUCAGGAUUACUACAGCAGUGGAUACUACCAGGAGAUGGAACCAGCCCAGGGACCACCACAGGACAUGGGCACUGACUCCUCCUUCAUAGAUGAUGAAGCGUUUAAACGUCUGCAAGGCAAGCGGAAUCGAGGGAGAGAAGAGAUCAACUUUGUGGACAUCAAAGGUGAUGAUCAGCUGAGUGGAGCCCAGCAGUGGUUGACAAAAUCGUUAACAGAGGAGAAAACCAUGAAAUCGUUCAGCAAGAAAAAAGGAGAUCAACCCACAGGACAGCAAAGAAGAAAACACCAGAUCACGUACCUGAUUCAUCAGGCAAAGGAAAGAGAACUGGAACUGAAAAACACAUGGUCCGAAAACAAGCUCAGCCGACGUCAGACUCAAGCCAAAUAUGGAUUUUAACACCUCUCCCCCACUUUUUGGCUGUUGUCCCAGGUGACCUACUGUGUCAGACUUCUCCUGGCCUUCUGGAGAUCAACCAGGCCCCUGCAUAGAUGGCUGUCUGCUCUGUGGGUGGGAGGAUACUGCACUCCCUGGUCUAUCAGGAGAAGGGUUUAACGCAAGCAAGUUUCUGAAACUCCACCUGUAAU